CGGUGCUCUAGUUUGUCUUUCGCCUUCAUAUUUUCUCUCUUUUUCUUUUGAUCCUCAGUGCAGCCGGUCCAAGCCUUUGAGCCCCGUGUGUGUAAUGUGCUGACUGCAGGAGUGGCAUCCAUCUCUCUAUUGUUUAGACAGGCGACUGUUGGACACUCUUUCGCUUAUUGUAUACACAUACAGAUACAACCCCACAUACACACUCCGGUCAUAUGCACACAUGCGUUUGUACACGCACAGUGGAAUGUGUGCACGCUGACAAAAUAUUACCUUUUCUGGAAAGCAAGUGAUGGAAGAUAUCAUGUGAUAACGUUUCUAUAAGCAAAUGCAUUCACAGUUUGUGUUCUGAUAACUGAUGUAACUGGUGGAUCAGUAUUGUCUCAUGGAUCUCUCACACCUGUGGCAUUAUGAUCCUUGUAAUGUUUCCAGAACAUCAGGAUUUCCAUUUGAUAGGAAUUUCUGGCAGGGUUUAACAGUCACAAAAAGCCUGUGGGCAAAUGUUUGUGGCAUGAAGUUGAAGAACUGAUUAUUAGAGCACUGAGAAAGAGGCCAGAGGAAAUGUCAUCUGACAUCUAUGCAACUUUAGACAUUUAUUAGAUUUACAAGAUUACUCUGAUUCUAACUUAUAUAAAACAGGAAACGGAGAACAUGCCUUGCUUUCUCAGAGCAAUUAGGCCUACGACAUCAACUUACAGAUGAAGUCAAAAUUAUGUCAUCAUCUUUCCGGAGUAUCAAUUUGCUCGGACACUAACGGAAAGAAGAAAAAGAAACAUAUAGAGAUGUUUUGUUCUGCAGCCAACAAGCUCUCCGACAUACUCUUUGUUGACCUGAGUCGAGCAAGCUUCAUGCUGAACGCAGGAAGAGACUAAUUCAAAUUAAUCCCAUAAAAAUCAUACAAGAGAGGUGGAGGAAGUAAGAAAUAUUUUUUGCCAAAGCAAAAGCAGCAAUACAACACUGUAGAAAUAUUGAUAUAAUAAGUGAAAGCCCUUCUUUCAAAAUUCAUUUUUCAGUUGAAUUGAUAAAUAUCAACCGCAAAUUAGACAAAUAUCACAAUUUACGGUACUCAUUAUGCAGAGAGGCUUCUUUCGAAGUGUUAUACUUUUAUAUAUUUAAUUAUCAUUUGAUUGCAUGAUCUAUUUUCCUCUAACAUGUAGUAGAGUACAUUGCAAGAAAUGAAAAUAACUUAAAUAAAAUACAAAUAUUUUGACUUUGUGUCGUACAAUGCUUAAAUUAAUGUACGUAGUUAUACUCCAAAACUGGAGUAGGAUAGUAACAUACAUGCUAAAAGUUUUAACAUUUGAUGCAUCAGUAAUGACAUUAAAUGUUUGCUAAUUCAUCAGCCCAGAUUAUGGGAUGUAUGUAGCUUUGCAACACAAAUAAUGGAAAUGGUUUAUUGGGGUUUAGGGUUUAGACAUUGACAGGUGAACUACUGAUCCAUAAAGAGGCUUGUGUGAAAUGUUUGGAAGAAUUUUAAUUUUGUAUUAGAUAUGAAAUCACUGUACUUUGUGGUGGAAUAAAAAUCUGGACCCUUACUUAAACGAAAGUGAGUGUGAAUGAUGGCAUUUUUCAGCUAAUCCAGUACUAAAGAGUGAAACAGUUCAUUUAGCUUUUGUAGUACAGUUGGAAUAUUUCUUUUAAUCAUUUGAUUUACUGCAUAGGAAAGUUAGGAAUGAAAAUGCGAAAAAAAUGUGAAAGUGAAUUGUAGCUAAAGCUAUUAGGCCAAUGUAGUGGAGUAUAAAGUGUAAUAUAAAUAGAAUGCAAGUAAAGUAAAAUACCUUGCUAAAGUACUGUUAAAACCAUUAAAUGAGGUACUCUACAAGGUGAGUUGUCACUGUCUGAGCGGAUGUGUGUAAACGUGUAAAAGUGAGAGUUCCUUUGUAUGCUCUGGGUGUAUGUGUGCCUGCAUGAACAGGCCAUUGUGUGCCUAUCUCUGUCCAUGACUGUGUGUGUGCAUGACUGAGCAUGUGUGUACAUAGGAGUGAGUGAAACGGUGGAAGGACCAGAGACGUGAGGUCAGUAGAGGUGGACAUGAGGUGCAGACUGGAGACAGAGCACAGCGCAGCGCGGAGAGGACUCAAGUCACUGGCAGGACCAUCCACAUCUAUGGUGAUCUGUUUCCUGGACCAGGCUUUGCCAGGACUUGGUCCAGCCCACUGGUCAUGGACCAUUUGGAACUUGUGCUUAUCUGCACUGGGCACGGUGCCCUGCAUCCAGUCCCACUGCGGCGAACUAAAGCCCAGCAGCUCAGUGCUGAACAAUGACCGGAGCAGCAAUGUGCUGACUCCUGCCCCGACCCACAGGCCCAGCUGCUUUCAGCACCAGCAUGUAUAAAUAGGUCCGUUUACUCCGGGGUCAGGACAUCGUUUUUGUGGAGCCCCCUGUGAGCACUGCACCGCUAUUCUUUGGGGCCGGUCAGGUAAGCCAUCCAUCUUAAUCCAUGCAGCCUAUAGACUUGUGCACACCAUUGUCACUUUACAUUUUUGUGCCUUUUGUCUGUGUUGUUUCUGCUGAGCCACGUAAAUGUAUAGACUGUGGUCAGACACGCAGAUGCAUAGACACACUGACCACUGGGAGAACAGACGGCACUGUGCCUACGUCAACAGCUCGCUCCAUCAAGUGUGAGCAUGAAGUAGCCUCAAGAAAGGUAAAUCAGCACUGAGCAACACAGUAGCAUGGCUCUGAAUAAUCCCACCCCACUGGGACCAUGGAAGAUCACAGUUUAUGACCAGGAGAACUUCCAGGGGAAGCGUCUGGAGUUUACCUCAGCCUGCCAGAACAUCAUGGAGUGUGGCAUCGACAACAUCCGCUCCCUCAAGGUGGAGUGUGGCGCCUGGGCAGGAUAUGAGCACUCCAGCUUCUGUGGACAGCAGUUUGUGUUGGAGAGGGGAGAAUAUCCUCACUGGGAGUCGUGGAGCGGCAGCAACGCCUACCACAUCGAGAGGAUGAUGUCCUUCCGCCCCAUCUGCUCUGCUAACCACAAGGAGUCCAAGAUGGUGCUGUUUGAGAAGGAGAACUUCAUGGGACGCCAGUGGGAGAUAAAUGAUGACUACCCCUCUCUGCAGGCCAUGGGCUGGGGCAACAAUGAGAUUGGAUCUAUGCAAGUUCAGAGUGGCUCCUGGGUGUGCUACCAGUUUCCAGGUUACCGUGGCUACCAGUACAUCAUGGAGUGUGACCAUCAUGGUGGCGAGUACAAACAUUACAGAGAGUGGGGCUCCCAUGCUCAGUCCUUUCAGGUGCAGUCGCUGCGUCGAAUCCAGCAAUGAGACCUGCAGCCUCCUCUCCCAGCCUCUCACUCUUUACCUCCUCCACCUCCCUCUCCUCCACCUCCUCCUCCUCCUCCUCCCUUCACCCAGUCAUUCCAAGCUUUAACCAGCUCUGUCAGACCUUAGUGAACUAAGGCUGACACCUCCUGGUGCUUCACUAUCAAGAUGUUUUUGUUUUGUUCUGUUGCCAAAUGAAAACAAAGAGAAACGAGAUAAAGAGAAAGAAAUCAAUAAAAAGAAAACACUGAAGAGAAGCCCCUGACUGACGACAGGCCUCAUGAUGGCAGGGUGGUGAUGUCACUCAGAGUGCCUCCUCAUAUUUGUGGAUAAAAAUGGUGCUACCAGUGGUCAAAAAAAAAAAAAAAAAAAAAAAGGAAUGGGCAACAUAAAAUAAACAGAAAUACAAGAGUCUGCUGCUAAACUUCAUGGUGCUCAGUUGUGAUUUAUUUUCACAUUCACAC